AUGACGACUGCGCGGAUUGUGUCUGGCACCGGAGGAUGCAUGGUCUACGGCUACCCCUUCACUGGCGGAGCUCUCGUCAAAGAGCAUCCUGAGCUUGUUGACAUGCUUUCCUAUCGAUCCCCCGCACCCAUGUAUCGCAAGGUUCACCCAGUGCCGACGAAGAAGCCAGAUUCUGUAUUCUCCUGCGACGCACUGGUGCGAUGUUUUAAUCGGGUAAGAAGGAACUGA